UAUAUAUAUUCAAUCACUCUCUUUUCAUUGACAUGCAUACCAAAGCACAGCAGCUUGGAGAUCACAAUACAUGAAUUUAAGGUUCGUUUUAGUGUAUAUUUUUUCUUUCCUCUUCAUACCUUCUCAAAUUUGUACUAUAGAGAACGACAGUCGACAUUCGUUAUCAGUCGAAUCAGGGUCUACAAUGGAUGAGAAAAACGACGUGAUUAAGGCUAAUAGUAAUCCACGUCAAGCGUGUGCAGCCUGCAAGCAUCAAAGAAAAAAGUGCUCCCAGAAUUGUAUAUUGUCGCCGUUUUUUCCACCAGAAAAAAAAGAAAAAUUCCAAGCAGUACAUAAACUUUUCGGUGUGAGUAAUAUCUCCAAGUUAUUGAAAGGACUUCACACUUUAGAUGAGCGCAAGAGGGCUAUUGAUUCAUUAAUAUGGGAAGCCGAAGCGAGGGAACGAGAUCCAAUCGAAGGAGGUUUCGGUGCGUUCAAGAAGAUCAACGGGGAAUUAAUAUCCCUCACGAAUCACGUGCGCAUAUCAAAUCAACCAGGACUACCCAAGAUUGGUACCAAUACAAUCUCGAGUGAUAGCAAGGCGUUAAUGAGUUGGGAAAACAGUGCUAACAAUGGUUACGCAUAUGGAGCGUACGGAAAUGUUAGUAAUGUUGCUAACAACAAUUAUAUCCCCAGUAAUGGUAGAUAUAAUAAUAAUACUAAUGGAUAUAAGCAGCGGAACGGGCAUUUGGAUAUCAAGGAUUCGCUGUCCUGCCUCAUGAACAGUUUCAUCGUCAAUAUUUUCAAUCCCGACCAACAAAAUGGAGUGGUGAAUGAGAAGUCGGAUGAUAGCCAAAGCCUAGUACAGGAAGUCAUGAAGGAUGAUCCAAUAUUAUAAUGGAGUUCUGAAUCGCUCAGCAGUGGAGUUUUAGCAAAUGUUUCUACGUGAUCUCAUCAAAUUGGCCCUUUCAAUUAAUCAUGUCAAUUUUUUUUAUGAUCUAGCUUUUAACACCUCAUUUGUUUAACAGGAGAAGUCUUUUUAUAUACUUACAUAAUUUGG